AUGGACAACCUUUAUGGUCAACUUACGAGUCACGCAUUGGACAUCGAGCUUCGAGAGGGUAUUUUUCCGAAGGAAUUAUCCGAAGUGUAUGAACGCAUCAUUGAACGUAUACGAAACAAUAUCCACCCAGAACGUGAAUGGCCAAUCACUUGGAAACUCCUCAGCUGGAUCGCCUGCGCUGCACGACCAUUGAAGUGGCACGAAUUGCAAGGAGCCAUAUCUAUCGACUUUGAGAAGGAGGAAGUCAAUUUCAAUCUCUAUCAAUCUCAUCGACAUAUUCACGAAUUGUGCGGCGCUCUCGUCUCGGUGGUUGGCGACCGCGUGAGUCUGGUCCACAGCACAGCCAAGCACUUCAUAUCGAAAUCAAAGUAUAUCGAUGCACCUGUAGCCGAGUGCAGUUUGGCCAUUGUGUGCAUACAUUACUUGUGCUUUCAUUGCUUCAGUGAGAGUACAGCGGACGACGAACUGCAUGGAUUCGUUCGUAACGGGUACUUUGCAUUUGCCGACUAUGCUAUAGCAAAAUGGACCUAUCAUUUCCGACAGGUUUGUGGGCUGGCUGAGACACUGCUGGAGCCUAGCACAUCGGGUGAUCGCGAGGUUGUCAUGCAGGAGCUUUGUGAGGCUGUCAGCUAUUUCGCAGAAAAGUACGAUGCCGAUCUUGAACACAGUUUGAGCAGAAUGGCAGAGAACGAGGUCGCUGCUCAAAUACAACCGACGCUUUUGCGUUCAAUCGCCGAGUUCGGAGGAGUUGACAAUACUUCGGACGCUUUUCGACUAAUUUGGGCACAUUCAGAAAUGCAACGCUUCAAAGACCUACAGUCCCGCAAUCUCAUCAUUCCUGAAAAGCUUCGAAUAGGCAGCCAGCGAAUGCGAGCUUGCCUAGAGAAUAUCUUUAGCAACAAGCAUCUGCCACAAGACAUCAAGGACGAGCUGGUCACGUUCUACGGCAGCCGCAUCUACAAAUGUUCAAGAACCACUUGCUUUUAUUUCCACGAAGGAUUCGUCGACAAACGGUCACGCGACUUACAUGACAGUCGACACAGCCGACCAUUCGUAUGCAGUGAGGUUGACUGUGAAGCUGGAGACUUUGGCUUCACCUCGAAAAGAGAUCUGGAAAUUCACUGCCAAAUCUUUCAUCCCAACAUAGAAAUGAAAGCUUCGUUAUUCGAUACAGUCAAACCAGUCCUCAAAAAUAAAACAAAAUUUGAGUGCAGCAAAUGCGACAGGGUUUAUACUCGAAAUGAAAACCUAAAAGCUCACGAACUCACGCACACAGGGCAAAAGCCACACGAAUGCUCGAAGUGUGGAACAGGGUUCACCCGCAAGGAUGACCGUAAUCGUCAUGAGAAGAUCCAUGAAAAUAGGAGGAAGUGA